AUGGCUGAAAGCAGUGUUGUUCCACUGCUUGAGAUACGUGACGAGUUGAUCACGUGUGAGAUUUGUUUGGAGUCUUUUGACAAUCAGGACAAAUCUCCACGUAUCUUGCCGUGCUUCCACAGUUUCUGCUGCCGAUGUCUGGAGUCGAUUUGGGAGAAGUCACCGACUGGAGUACGAUGUCCCAACUGUCGGCAGGUCUGGCCUGUUCAGAAUACCAUAUCGGCAACAUUUCCACAAAACAAGGUAUUGAGGAAUUUAGUUGAAUAUCUUACAAUGAAAAACAAGGUGGAUGAAAUUAUGUGCUAUGAAUGUCCUGACAGUUCAAGGGCAACAAUGCGUUGUUUGGACUGUCAGGAAUUUAUGUGCAAAGGAUGUGCAACGUAUCAUCAAAAAUUUGCAAUGCUAAAGGACCACAAGACUAUUUGGAUUAAAGAAUUGGUUAAUAUGCCUCAUGAUGACUAUUUUCACCAGACAGAUACGUGCAAAAAACACAACAGCAUGAUUUUAGAUCUAUACUGCAAGAAUUGUGCAACUGAUAUCUGUUCAUCGUGUGUUCAUGUCUCUCAUAGAGACCAUGAGAUAUUGGAUCUCAAAGAUGUAUAUGAAGCAAAGAUGGACCACAUGAAAACAUCACUGAAAGAUAUUCAAAGUUCAUCAGACAGAGCACAGAAGUAUACAUCAAGACUUUCUGAACAAAAUGCAACUCUAGAUUCGAUGAAAGAAAAUAUUUGUAAAUAUAUUGAUGAUUCCUAUGAACAGAUUAUUCAGAAGUUGUCUGAGAAAAGAAAAGAGAUGAAAGAAGUGGUCAUUUCAAACAUAGAAACACAAAAAGCUGACAGAAACGAGCAGAUGAAGUUGGUCGGACAGUCAGAAGUCCACAAGGCGGACCAUGUUCUGCACUGCCAGCAAGCUGUGGAAUUCGCACGAGCUGCAGACUUUAUAGAAAUGGCUCAGACCCUUGAAGACAAACUUCACUCUGUGAUGGAAGGUCCGGAACUGGUUGAUAUUCCUAUACAAGAGGUUACCAUCGAUGACACGUUCAAGCAGAUUGAGAAAAUUAUCGAGAAAACUGGUGCAAUAUGGAAUGGAAUUAUUUUCAACAACAACGAAGACGAGGAUGUGAUGAAAAGAAUCCUCUUCCCUGUUGAUGGACAGUCAGAACAGUACAGAACACUUCUCUUGCCAAAUAUAGAGUAUGACGCACAGAAGAUAAACCGGAAGUGGGGGAGUAUUAACGAAUCUGGAAUUCUGGUCAACAAACCUUCAGAUGUAAAACAUACUGACCAGACUUCCGGUCUGCAGUAUUUCCGUGGAGUCACAGCUAGGACGCAUGUCCCGACGUCUGGAUGUGCUUUCUGGGAGACGGAAGUCGACUGUAUGGUGCGUGAAUCGGCUGAAUUACAUAAACGGAUAGCAGGCGUUGGUGUUUGUCUGGAUGAGCACUGUGAGGAUACAACAUGGAUUCUUAAUAACAAACAUGCGAGGGGUGUUGCUGUGAGCAGCUGUAAAACUCACAACAGUAUCUGUUUGUUUCCUUUUUCCAAUGGAAAGAAGCUGUGCUGUAUUCCUGUAACAGAUUUCAAAACUAACUCACGACUCACGGUCACACUCGGGCUGUUGGUAGACAUCGACAACGCCACUCUUCACAUUAUCCGCGUCGACGACAACACAGUUGUACACUCCAUCCCAAACAUUGACGUGUCGCGACCGCUGAUGCCGAUGUUUAGCGUUCACUGGCGUAAACAUUUCGAUGUUAAAUUGAGAGUAUCAUCUGACACGGAUCUCUUUGUGAAUCGUGAACUGUUGGUCCUGCUCUCGAAUUUAGUGAAAUAAAUCUUAAAGGCGCUCUGUCACGGAUGGUUGACCUAAUUAAUGACCUAACAAAAUAUUAUCUGAAAAUAUAUACAUUUGAUUUGUCGCUAAAAGUACUUUAUUUAACCAUCUACAUAAUUACUAUAACCCACUUACUACUGAUAUUGUGUAAAAAAUAACUGAAUUACGUCGACGGUCCAUAAUUCAGUAUAAAAUAUGUCAUAACCCCAUGGGUAAUUACAGCUGGCUUCAGAUAGAGAAUUACUACAUGUUUAAAGAAUACUGUGAACAAGACGGCGUUUAUAUACAAAGUGGCUAUAUAUACGACGGCCGUGUAUAUGGCCUCCGCUAACAAGGGCUGCCUAUAAACACAGCAAAAAUGUAUAUAGGCGAUAAAUAAGUAUUUGAUUGAUCCAUAUUACCGAACCACUUGGAACAAGAGGAAUACAUACUAAGUACUAACAGGGGAAUGGGGGUUGAAUAUGAAUCUAGCGGACCCUUUUGUGUACGUUUUCCAUAGACACCUACCCAGUGUUUAUGCCGUAAAGAAACUUUUGGGUAUGGCGCUAUGAAAUUAAAUAUUGACAAUGUGUUUGCUGAAUGUAACAGCAGUCGAUAGGGGGAAUGGGGUGCCUCCCCAGAAAUAAAAUGGGUUAGGUGUAGGAUUAGGGUUAUUAAAAAUCAUACAGUAAUAAUAGAGAGUCAUUAAGUUUGUCAAAAGGUUAACUUAAUAAAUUUAAAUCUGCAAUAAAUAUUGGGUAUGGCGCCAUACCCAUUUUACCCUGCUACCGUAUAUGAAUAGCGUAUUAUUGUCCCUGCAGUAAUAAUACUACUACUACUAAUAAUAAUAAUAAUAUAUGAAUGAAUGAAUGAAUGAAUACAUAUAAAUAAAUAAAAUCACCAGCUACUGAGAGAUUAUCUGAAGAACACUAACUACGGGCAGUAUACAAGCUAACAGCGGGGCCUUGUAACUGGAAGCAGUCGUAACGAAAUGUGUUAUUUGUUUUCGAACCGUCAAUGUGCCAUUAUUGUUACAGAUAUGCAUAAUUAAUGACUAUGAUUCGGUAACAGUAUUAACAGUUUAGCUAGUUUCGCCGAUCCGUACGGUUAGCGACUUAAAUAUGGCGGAAUUCUCAGAAUUAUUAUUAUUAUUAUUAUUAUUAUUUUAAAUUAUAUAUUAGCCACGAUCUGUAUUACAUAUAGCAGGCCGUUUAAUCGUAAACAACUGAAAGUAAAUUGCUAGUGCGUCACCAACUACACUCGAAGUGGUGACCAAUCACUAUCCGUAUAGUAACGGUAUAGUUGAGAAACCUGUCUAUAAUAUUUUAAAUACAUGUACCUGCAGAUAAUAUAUAUACUGGGGGAGAAGUCAUAGUUUUACGUUCGAAAUUUGGUAACUGCAAAUUAGAUUUACAUUAAUGAGGUCAAUGAGAUAAUUUUUAUUGACACGACAUUGUAAUCAACGUACUAGUAGCUAAACAAAUAGACAAAGCUUCAUUUUCUAGUAACACAGGACAUUAUGUUGUGUAUUAAGCAAAAAUGAUUGUGCCACAAUGUGGUUUUUUUGUCGGUGCGGGCACAUACCCAUCUCCUUGCACAGGCAAUUUUUGGGGGGAUACAUUUUUCGGGGAACAUGUCUCGACCCCUCACCGUAAACUUCGCUCGCCUCCCCCUCCCCAUGCUAAAAUCCCUGUGCACGCGUCUGCAGUGGUACUGUGUACGGAGCUCCAUAAAAACAACAAAACAAAAACAAACACACAAAAAACAAACAACAAAAUAAACAACAAAAUAACCCUCUUCCCCCAAAAAAUAAUAAUAAAUAAAUAAUAAUCGCUUGCUCAAUCCCCUGCUUAAGCAAAUUGUGUGUGUGUGUGGGGGGGGGGGGGUUCCCGAUAAUUGUCCGUGGGAGCGUGUCACCCCUUGUAAAACAACAACAAAAAAAACA